UGAAGGCUGCUGGCGUGGUAUGCCUGAUUGGACUGGGCCUCAGCCUGGGCACGUUGCUGCUGUACCGUCUCUACUUCCGCAUCAUCGUACCCUUCCUGCACAACGUCUGGUCGGCCAAGGGCAAGAACUCGCUGCUUGACGAUGAGUACACGCUCUAUCUG